AUGUUUAUUUUCAACAUCCAAACUGAGGUUCCCUUCGGGAAUCGUAACCGGCUAGUUUGGGUGAACGGGCUCUUGCCGGCCUUUGCCUCGGAAAUCGCACGAGUCCUGCGACCCAAAGGCCGCGCGGCCUUGCUGAUGACACGCGCCCACGCAAGGCAGAUGAUGCAAUUGCUCGGGACCGAGGAGAGCUAUUCCUUUUCUGCAGAGAUGGAGGAGUGGACAGGCGGGGCAUCUAAGAAGGAUGAGGAUGAGGAAGAAGAAGUGGAGGAGGAGAAGGAGGAUGCCGGUGUCCCUGUUGAUGUUCAUGCAGAGCAUGCGCCAGAUUCGACUACCUUGAAGCUGGGGAAGCAGCUUUUCCACCAGCACGCCUGCUACAAAGUGAGUGUGGGUGGCUGGCCAGCGGCUGUGCUUGUGCUGGAGCGCCUGAAAACGGAUCUCACGAGCCCCAGGGCAGCACCAGAAACACCUGCCGCAAGGAAAGGCAAAGGGAUGAAAGGAGCAGGGAAGGGGCAAGGCGCAGAGCCUCGAGAGUGCCUUCUGAUCGACCAUCCGGCUCAAUCUCCUCGGCGGCUGGUGGACUUCUUGAUGCAGCGCUGGCCUUCACACUUCCCAACUGAGUCCGUGAGCAGGCGCGCGAUGGGGCGCGGCCGCGUGUGGGUGCAGGAUUCGAAGGAGUUGCGGCUCCGGCAAGCCUGGUGGAGCGAGCCUAUGACAAUGCAAACCAUUGUCUUCUUGCCGGACUACCCGCGUCGCUCGCCAUACCAGGGACCACUGGCAGUGCUGUACCAAGAUGAUCAUGUUGGGGUGGUCCUCAAGGAACCCGGCCUACGCAUCUUCGGCGGUGCGCGCACUCUGGCAAAUCUGCUGACAGCGCGCUCUCCACCGCCUUUGGAGGCUUCUGGUUUGGGCGAUGCGCUUCCUUCGCCAGUGCCUGUGCAUUUCUUGGAGGCUGAGCUUGGCGGCUGCUUUCUUGUGGCCAAGACAGCCCAGGCCGCGCUGGGUCUGGGCUGCGCUGCUCCACGGCGCCGGCUCCGGGCGCUGCUCUGUGGUGAGAAGCCGCUUCAGAAGCUCAAGGAAGGCUGUGACGGCCGGGACUGGUGCAUCCACCACUCUGCGCCAAGCGUGCGUUUUGGCAAAGUCACGGAUGCAAGCUGCUUCGUCCAAGGGCCUGUGGCGAUGUUCCGUGAAGAGUGCGCCAGGAAUGGACUGACAGUGCUGGGCGAUACGCAGUAUGCCGGGGAGAAUGCGCCACGAAUACGGCGGAGCCAAGUCUACCUGUUCGUCGACAGCUUGCCAAUUGCCAUGGGAACCAACAAGUCUCCAGAAUGGGAGAGCGUGCCCUUCAAGGGGGACCGGGACUUCUUCUACGCAGACAACUUGGAGCCCCAUGCCACACGACGAUCCGAGAUCCUGAAGAAGCACCCUGAGAUCAAGGCUUUGAUGGGCCCGGAGUGGAAGACCAAAUACAUCGUCGUCGCUACCGUGGCGCUGCAAGUCUUCAUGGCGUACAUCACGCGCAGCUGGUCCACCUGCUCGUUCCUGAUUGCGGUCUACGUGAUCGGUGCCACGGUCAAUCACUCGCUUUUCCUGGCCAUACACGAGUUGGCGCAUGGGCUCGGCGCAAAGUCGAUGAUGGCUAACAAGCUCAUCGGCAUGGUCGCGAACCUGCCCAUCGUCUUUCCGUACUGCAUCACCUUCAAGCCGUACCACAUGGCCCACCACCGCAACCAGGGAGUGCAUGGCAUCGAUACUGACGUUCCAACAGCUUUGGAAGGUUAUCUCAUCACCAAGUCGUCGAUGAACUAUGUGGAUCACACCCUGCGCAAGGCGGUGUUCAUGUUCCUGCAGAUCUUUGCGUAUGCCCUCCGUCCAAUUUUCAUCAAGCCUGACCUGGUGCCCAUUGAUGGCUGGGUGAUCGGAAACUUCGUCGUGUGUGCGACUUUUGACUACCUCAUCCUUGUCACAAUGGGCUGGCAUGGAGUGCUGUAUCUCCUACUGUCGACCUUCUUUGCCGGGUCUAUCCACCCCACUGCCGGCCAUUUUAUCGCGGAACACUACGUCAUGGAGGGUGAGGUUGAGACGUACUCUUACUACGGCCCAUUGAACUACUUGGCCUACAACGUGGGAUACCACAACGAGCACCACGACUUCCCCAACAUCGCAUGGUCAAGCUUGCCCACGGUUCGAAAGCUGGCGCCGGAGUAUUAUGACAGCCUUCCACAAUGUCCCAGCUGGCCAGGGGCGAUCCUCCGCUACAUCUUCGACGACUCCAUCAGCCCUUUCAGCAGAGUCAAAAGGACGAAGAAGGCGGAGUAA